UCCCUUAUUUUUCAGAUUUAAAAAUAAGCAGCACUGCCCUGGCCACGAUUCUCCACAGCCCCCGUGUCCAUUUGGAUCACACGAGUUGUUAUUCAGCAAGAAUGGCACACCACAGCGGUUCAGGAGGCAGAGGAUAUUUUUAGAUUUUGAGACCCCAGACUUUAUUCUCGCAGAUUUUUAAUUUUUUUUUAAAUAUUUUUUUAAGUGAUGAGCUUCAGUAUUUAAGUUGAACGGAGGUUGUGUUGCUCACAGUGCUCUCAGAGCCAUCAGACUCCGUGUUGCUGUGUGUGCGCACGCUUUGCACCCUCGCAUUUCCAUUACGCACAGGACAGCGCUCACAUGCCUCCUGGAAGAGCUACCCUGUCAGAAUGGAGCGGCGCGCAGCAGGAGCCUCUGUGACUGACCGCACUGAGAGCCGCCGUGAAACUCGAGCUUUCCCAACCUUUCUCACCUCCUUACUUCCCCCCGGAUGGGCAAAGCGUGUCACUAUUCUAAAGAUCAUGUCAGGACUCUCAUCCUCUCAGCCUCCUAGUACUCCACAAUCGGGGGAGUGUGGUUUCAUGCGCAAAGAAGUUCAAGACUCCCUCCCGUGAAGUCAUUUUGCGUUUUUGGUUUGUGCUUCUUCUUCUUCUUUAUUUUACAUUUUCAUCUGAACACUUGUAAGCCCACCAUGGCAGCUGCAUCCUGAGGAGGUGGUGGAGGAGAUGGAUGUAGAGGAGAAGGAUGCGAACGGUUCGAGCUGUUUGCGGAAUGAGAGCGACUGCGGGCUGAGCGCUACCUCUGCUGGAGUGUCCACUGCGCUGGCCAGCGUGCUGAUCUUCACCAUCGUGGUAGAUAUCCUGGGAAACCUCCUCGUCAUCCUGUCCGUGUACAGAAACAAAAAGCUACGGAACCCAGGCAACAUCUUUGUGGUGAGUUUGUCUGUGGCAGACCUGGUGGUGGCGCUGUACCCCUACCCACUGGUCCUGACGGCCAUCUUUCACAAUGACUGGACUAUGGGUGACCUGCACUGCCAGGUCAGCGGCUUCAUCAUGGGUCUCAGUGUUAUUGGCUCCAUUUUCAACAUCACGGCCAUCGCCAUCAAUCGCUACUGCUACAUCUGCCACAGUCUCCACUACGAUCGUCUGUACAGCCUGAGGAACACACUCUGCUACCUUGGUCUUACUUGGCUACUCACCGCCAUCGCCACUAUUCCCAACUUCUUCGUCGGCUCACUGCAGUACGACCCUCGCAUCUACUCCUGCACCUUUGCCCAGACCGUUAGCUCGUACUAUACAAUCUCCGUGGUGAUUAUUCAUUUUCUGAUCCCUCUGCUGGUGGUGUCCUACUGCUACAUGAGGAUAUGGGUGCUCGUCAUUCAGGUGAAACACCGAGUUAAACCGGAGCAAAGGACCAAACUGAAACCUAGUGAUGUGAGGAACUUCCUGACUAUGUUUAUGGUGUUUGUCUUGUUUGCCGUGUGCUGGGCCCCCCUGAACCUCAUAGGCCUGGCUGUAGCCAUAAAUCCUCCGAAGGUUGCACCCAACAUACCCGAGUGGCUCUUCGUCACAAGCUACUUUAUGGCGUACUUCAACAGCUGCCUCAAUGCCAUCAUAUAUGGACUGCUCAACCAAAAUUUCCGCAAAGAGUACAAAACCAUUCUCCUCACUCUUUGCGUUCCACGUUUGCUCCUCAUGGAAACUUCAAGAUGUGCCACAGAGGGACUGAAGAGCAAGCCUUCACCAGCCAUUACAAACAAUAAUGUGGCGGAGAUAGAUGUAUGAACUUUUAACGGGAACGUGGAUGUUACCUGUGAUUCACUGAGUGCCUUUUCAGGAUCUGUUUCUUUUUCAUGUUGUAAAGAUGCAUUUGUGUUUGGCGAGGACACCGCUGCCAUCAUAUUCCUUCCAGCUUGCUGGACACUUUGCACUCCUGUUGAGAACAAACAUCGAUUGUAUAAUUAUAAGUAUUUUGUGUUCAAUAGUGAGUUUCAAGACAGAUUAACAAACCGAGGGGGAAAAAGUACAGAAAGAACAAAUUACCAGGAACAUUCAGAUAGUAGAUAGUAGCAGGCUGUGAAAAUUAUGUUCUUAAAUUCUCUAAAAUCUUUCACGCACACUUAAGGUCCGAUACUCUUUGGGUGAGGGACCUACUUUUAAAGCCAAGUCCCAGCAUGUGUAUAUCACGUGUCCGAGAAUGACUCACUGCCUAUUUGCACAGAAUAAUUACGAGUAUGUCAGCACCAUGGUGAUAAUGAAAUAAAUGUAUUUUCUAUGGCCACUGUGUCUGUGGGGUCUUAAAUACAGUAAUAAUGAUAGAAAAGCCUCAAGGUUUUAUUUUCGUUCAAUAGAAUCCUUAAUCUAAUUUUAGGUUUAAACAGAAGCUGUUUUAUGGAUCAAUUACCAAAGACUUAAUGCUCUUAUUUGGAUGGUAGUGACUCAAGAGUAUUAAAACUGGGGCAGGUGCCAAUUCAAAAACACAUUUCAGUUUCAGUCUAACUCAAACCUCGUAUUUCUUCUUCAGCCUGAGUGAGCAUCUCAGCCUCAGUUUCACUGGCUUAUUAAUUCACCGUGAUGCUGUUUCACCCUUGGGUUCAUCUUCUGAGCAAUGACGCGGUGGGACAAAUUUUGGAAGCUUUUCUUCCGGUUAUAAUUGAAGAAACGAGGGGGGGGAGAGCAAGUAUAUCGCAAUGGGUUUUUGUUUGUUAAUGCAACAAAGCAUGCCUUGUUGUCUGAAAAACAUUCUCUCAUAGCUUUUUGGCAGAUCUUUGUCAAACACGACUGUUUUUAACUAUUUCUAACCAUUGCAUUCAUAUGCCUAUCAGACUAGGACAUUUAAAGCUCUGGGCAUUGCCAUUUAGACCCUAAAUGAUUUAAAGAUUGGGGAGAUUGUGCAAUGAGGAAGAACAAAUGGUAAACAAAGCUAGGCUUCUUCUUUAUAAAACGCCUGGGGGACCUGAUAAGCAUCAGGAAAGAGGAGAUGUAGUUCCGUGAUAGUGCAAGGGUGCCUGAGCACAUGUCACCCCAGCCAAGAUGAGCUCUGACAGCCUCCCAGCACAACUUCCACCCAGCAAACAAACUCUGAGCUGUUCACCUCACAGGGAGGCUCCGAGAUGUCAAUGUGACACAUUUUUGAUAUGAUGCACUGUUACUGGAAUAUUAAAGAGAUUACACAUUCCCGAUGUCUAGCUCGGUAUUUGUAAAUAUCAUCGGCAUGUUUCACAUUUAUCUACAGGUCGACUGUUCAGCCUUUGCAUUCUGCUUUGCUUUGAGGCAGCUAACCUUGAAUAGUUUUCCUGAUGUCUGACUAACUUAAAUCGUCAGUGGAUGAUUACAGAUGCAGAAAUAGGAAUCUGAAUUCACGAGGGAUGUUGGCUCAGCACUCAAGCUGUCUUACAGAGCCAGGCGGCGUCAACUCGCUCAGGAGCAGCAAAAUGACACAAAACUGUUCAAUUCUGCUUCUAACAAAUCAGUGUGUGUGAUGUGGAAGAAAAGAAGCAGCCCACAUGGCAGCGCAAGGUCGGCCACAGAUGAGUGACUAAAGGGGCUUGAGGGAAAAUGACAGCAUUCACUACGGCACCAAAGAGUCACAGGCGGAUGGCUUGGUCACCCUUCUUCCCUCUGCUUUCACCUUCUACUCUUCAUUCUCUACUUUUUCUGCUCUUUUGAACCUGUG